UCAAGGCGACUGAACCCAAGAGCGAUGGCAGGCUGGACAGGUGUCCGCCUGUCUCACUGCCCACCCUUCUUGAUCAGUUUUGUCACCCAAACUGUCACAAACAAGGGGGUGUGGGCUGUCACGUGGCCAGCCUGAGUAACCACAUUCUCACUUCCUUCUUUCACACACUGCUGUUGGGGGUUGGUGAAUCUGGGCCACGCAGGGGGCUGGGGUGCCACACAGUGGCCCGGCAGUGUGAGCGGGGGGCCGGGUCACAGAAGCAGAGUCACUUGUGGGCCCACGAGGCUGCUGUCUCCUGCUCCACUGAGCACGGUGCCAUGCUUCCACAGCUCCUGGUGCUGCUGGCCUUGCUGGGCCCGGGGAGCAGCCUCCCGCUGGGGAGCCCCUGGAGGGAUGGAGCCAAGGCGGCCCUGGGUGCCGUACCUGUGCGGACCCGGAGACAGGUGACCCUGGAUGAGGAACUGGAUGAAGAUUACCACUUGGAAGGCACAGACCCACCAGAAAUGCUGGACAGCCACACCAGAGUGUUGGGAGCAGACACUGAGCCUCUGCCUGCCAUGACCACACCGGGGCAAAGGGCCUCCACAGGCCCUGGAACCACUGAGCCAGCCACUGUGGACAUGGCCACUGGGGGGUCUGUGGGGCCCCCUGCAGGACAUGGUGCAGCAGGGACAUGGGGAAGGCCAGUCUCAGGGGACUUGGCCACAGAAUUGACUACUGUGAUCAUUUCCACCAUGGCAGCUCCAUCCACAGUUUCUGCACAACCAGCAGCAACAGAAGCAAAGGCCACACAACCGGCAGCCACAGAGGCAGAGACCACACAACCGGCAGCCACGGAGGCAGAGACCACACAGCCGGCAGCCACGGAGGCAGAGACCACACAACCGGCAGCCACGGAGGCAGAGACCACACAACCGGCAGCCACGGAGGCAAAUGCCACAUGGCGAGCAGCCACGGAGGGCCUGGCCAUGAAGCCCACACUCAUGGAGGCUAUGUUUGUAAAAGCCCAGUCCACAGAGCCCACUGCCACAGUGGCCCGAUCCACAGAGCCAGUCACCACAAAGUCUCAGUCCAUAAAACCCCCUGCCACCAUCGCCGUGGUCUUCGAGGAGAAAGGCGUUGCCCAGAACACCCCAGAACCCACCAGCCACUUGCCUGGCAGGGACCAGAAAGCUGGGCAGGUGGUGCCCCCUGUGAGCUCUGUGGCCCCCAGCCCCACGGGGGCCGCAGAGCGCAUCCCUGUGCGGCAGUGCCUGCUGGCCAUCCUCAUCCUGGCCCUCGUAGCCACCAUCUUCCUCGUGUGCACCGUGGUGCUGGCGGUCCGCCUCUCCCGCCGGAGCCACAUGUACCCCGUGCGCAAUUAUUCCCCCACCGAGAUGGUGUGCAUCUCGUCCCUGCUGCCCGAUGCGGGCGAGGUGGGCCCUGCCGUGGCCAACGGGGGCCUGCCCAAGAGCCAGCGCCUGAUGCCGGAGCCCCUCGAGGACCAUGACGGUGAUGACCUCACCCUGCACAGCUUCCUCCCGUAGUUCCCUGCCCGUCAGCCUGAGGGCGCCCUCGG